AUGGAACUGAGACGCUAUUUGUUGGAAUGGAGUCCAUUCAUAGCUAUGGUCAUUGUGGAGUGCCUCGACGUGGGGUUAAGCACGUUGAGUAAAGCUGCUAUGUCAAGAGGAAUGAACCACUUCGUCUUUGUUGUAUAUUCCAAUGCUCUUGCCACUUUGAUCCUCCUCCCUUCCUCCUUCAUCAUCAACAGAACACCACCACCCCUUUGUUUCUCGCUUCUCUGCAAAUUCUUCCUCCUUGGCUUCCUUGGCAUAACUGUCAUGCAGAAUUGUGUUUUCACUGGAAUUAACUACAGUUCUCCCACUCUUGGAUCUGCUAUGAGCAAUUUGACUCCUGCUGUCACUUUUCUACUAGCAGUCAUCCUCAGGAUGGAGAAGUUGAAUAUUGGAAGCUCAAUAAGCCAGAUCAAAGUCAUGGGCACAGUACUGUCGAUCUCUGGAGCAUUGCUCGUGACUCUUUACAAGGGCAGUCCCAUUAUCACCUUUCAAAUUCAACCCUCUCCAUUAAAACCACUCCCAUCUUUGUUGGUUAAAACCAGUAAUUGGGCCAUUGGGGGUCUCUUUCUUGCCGCUGCCUCGCUAUCUCUUGCAGGCUGGAAUAUUCUUCAGGCAACAGUUCUUAAAGGAUAUUCAUCUCAGUUGACAAUAGUAGCUUUCUAUUGCCUGUUUGGAACCAUUCAAUGUGCAACAUUUUCUCUGAUUGUAGUCGGAGAUCCAAAUGCUUGGAAUCUAAGGCCUGACAUAGAGCUCAUCGCCAUAUUGUAUUCAGCUAUUUUCGGAAGUGUGGUGACAUUUUCUGUACUGACUUGGUGCAUAAAAAGGAAAGGACCUGUAUUUGUUACCAUGUUCAAGCCUGUAGGGAUUGCCAUUGCUGCCUUUAUGAGCGUUAUCUUCCUCGGUGAGACACUCCAUGUUGGCAGUGUCAUUGGUGCCCUAGUAAUCGCCAUCGGAUUGUACGCAGUAUUGUGGGCACAAUCCAAAGAGAGAAACAAGGAAGGUUUCGAAGUUGAUAGACUCCCAUCCCUGUCUACCCAAGCAAGUCCCCUGCUAGAGUCCCGUGAAAGCAAUGACUAA